UUUUUGUGUUUAUUGCUAUGCUGUGCACCAUAAUGAGGGCAGUGAGCUAUCCUCUACUGUCUGACGUUUGUAAGGAUUCGAAUUAUUGUCAAAUGUGUACAGAUACAGUCAUCAAAUGUGAAGGAAGCGAGAGUAGACGAGGUUUGCUGGAAGAUAUACCGAUAAAUGACGUGUCGGUUAACAUCACAGCUCUCAAUCUUGGAUAUAACAUGCUGAAAGAAAUACUGAUUGGAACACCAAAUCGAACAACUUAUGGACUCUUUACGAACUACCCAAAUUUAAAAUGUUUAAAUCUGGUAGGUAACCGUAUUCAACGAUUCAAAGAUAGUUUCAUCGGGCUACCGUCAUUACAAGAAGUUAACCUUAGUGAGAACCCGAUUGAAACAGAUUCCUCAAAGGCAAGUCUGGAUGGCAUCUUCGAACAGUUCCUUGAUAUCAGAAUAUUGAAUGUGUCCAGAUUAAACGCACGCCAAAAAACUAUGACUAUAGAUCCCCUUAUCCUUGCAUUAGAUAGCCUGAGGAACUCUAAUAUUGAAAUAUUAGAUUUUAGUGAAAUCCAAAAAGAUAGGAGAUCUUCGUUAAACAUUUCCCAACUAUUACAACUA